AUGGCGGCGUUGUCUGCUCGAAGGCGUGGAGUCGUCGGAUGUUGCUGCUCGAUUGACGAUGCCAAGCAUUCAUCGCGCCUCGCCGAAAGCGCCCCGAAUCGCAUCGAGAAGAGUCUUUCGCAUACCCAGCCGGCCGAUCAAAACAGCAAGGAGAUACUCAACAUCAAGUGCACCUUCAAUGGCUUCAUCAACACCACAGAGUCAGGCGUCGAUCCCGAGCAGAUCACUAUCAUCCAGACUCCCACAGAGUUCUAUGAAACACUCAAGAGCCUAUUCGAGGUCCGCUACCUGAUGCAAAUCCUAAGAAGGUGUACUGACGAGAUGCAGGAGAAAGUCUCAAAAGCACAACGUCGGAUCUACCUCAGCACGCUGUACAUUGGCAAGACUGAGCAUGAAUUCAUCUCGACGAUCCGCAAUGCCUUGGCCAAGAACCCAGACCUACGCGUCUCCUUCCUCACAGACUCUCUUCGUGGAACCAGAGAAACACCAGAGGCAUCAACAGCAUCACUUCUAGUCCCACUAAUCACAGAGUUCGGUCCCGAAAGAGUCGAGGUUCGCAUGUACCACACGCCCAACCUCACUGGUCUGAGAAAGAAGUACAUCCCCAAACGCAUCAACGAAGGCUGGGGUCUGCAACACAUGAAGCUCUACGGCGUCGACGACGAAAUCAUCAUGUCUGGCGCCAACCUCUCCAGCGACUACUUCUCCAACCGCCAAGAUCGAUACCACCUCUUCCACUCCAAAGAGCUAACCGAGUACUUUUCCAAAAUCCACUCCGGCGUUGCAAGCCUCUCAUUCGACCUGCAGCCCUCCACCGCCCCAGAAUCAGGCGGCUACACCAUGUCCUGGCCGUCCAGUAACCCCGCGCCAUCCCCCCUCGACUCGCCCUCAAAAUAUCGCGACGCCGCCUCAAAACACCUCUCCCACUUCCUCCUGCCCUCCAACUCCCCGAAAGCAUUAUCAACUACGAACACCUCUACAACAACAAUCUACCCCAUCCUCUCUCUCGUCCCUCUCCUUGCCACAUCCACCGAACUCCCCGCCCUGACCCACAUCCUAACAUCCCUCGCCCGUCCACCCCUGCAAUCCUCCUCCUGGACCUUCACAGCCGGCUACUUCAACAUGACGCCCUCCUUCCGCCGGAUGCUGCUCGCCACACACCCAGUUUCGGGAACAGUACUCACCGCGCAUCCGCACGCGAACGGAUUCUUCGGGUCCAAGGGAGUAAGCGGGAUGUUACCCGCGGCGUAUACACACUUGGCCAAGCAAUUCCUCAGGAAAGUGAGGCACGAGGGGUUGGAGGGCAAUGUGCGGUUGAAGGAGUGGCAAAAGGGUAUGGUGGGGGAGAAGGAAGGAUGGACGUAUCAUGCCAAGGGGCUGUGGGUCACGUUUCCAUCUACAUCUACUUCCGAUACUGCUGCAGCAGAAGAGCCGAGUUUGACGGUCGUGGGCAGCUCGAAUUACACGAAGCGCUCGUAUGAGCUGGAUCUCGAGGCGAAUGUGGUGAUCGCUACGUCGGAUCCUGGCUUGCGCAAGAGGCUUGGGGAGGAGGUCAAGUGGCUGGGCGAGUACGCGAAGGAGGUUGAUGAGAGCGAGUUUGAGAAGCCGGAGAGGAGGGUGGGCAUGAGCGUGCGGUUGAGCAUGUGGCUUGUUAGAGUGCUUGGUGGGGCUUUAUAGAUGUUUAGAACUUCAAUUCGCAAAUAGAGACGUGUAACGUAUCAAAGACCGGUCUGUAUAUUAUGAAAGAAAGCUACUGUCAA